CACGCAGUCAGUCUGAAUAAGGAUGAAGCAAUUCAAAACGCAGAUUUAUUGAUGAAUAAGUUAUAAUAUCGAGUUGCACGCACGCCGAAUUUAGGAGUUGGUUCUAUUGAUCUGAAAUCCAGUCAUUUUAAGAUGUAUUGUCUGUUUGCGCAAGGUGGAGGAAAUGAAACUUUAAAUAGUCAUGCUUUUGAACGCGGUUCAGUCUGCCUUCCCAUAAUAAGCCGUAUUGGGGCUAGUGGUGACGUAACCCACUGACGGCCACUUCCCACUCAAACAGUUGGCGUUCAGUCAGUAGUAGCACAAAAACUACCCCUAGCAUCCGUGACUUUGAUGUAGUUAGUAACUUAUACAGGCAAAUAUGCGACAAGGUAAUGUAAAGUAUUUUACAACAGCUAACCACAUUGAUGAAACUAAGAGCAUGAUAACCACAAAUGCUAAAAGUUAUCCUGGGUUGGAUUCAGAACUUGCUAGCCACCCCCACCUUGAGGUCUAGCGUUAAAAAAAAGUCAAGUGGCUAAAGCUAACGCGAAGCUAAACAUUACUUGGCUAACCGGCCGGGUCCGCUGACAGCGGUUGACUGUUCACGCCACUUGCUCGGGCACUAACAGUGGUUGUGGACUAGCGGUGCUGCCGUAUUGUACGUGUACAACUGACAGCCAGCGCUGUGUCGUUAGUUUGGCAGCCCACUGCUUUGGAGGGCAAGAUAAUGUGAGCUAGCUAGCUUAGACUGGCGUUAGCUUUAGCAAAACAAGAGCUCUGUCUCAAGAGUCAGCUGACAGGCUGCUGUGAGCUGCCAGCAGACCAGUGAUGGAUCAACUGAAAGUAAAGGAUCGCAUAUUGGAAAACCUCUCCUUAUCUGUCAAGAAGUUGCAGAGUUACUUUGCGGCCUGCGAAGAUGAGACUCCAGCUAUCCGAAAUCACGACCGGGUCCUUCAGCGUCUCUGUGAGCACCUUGACCAUGCUCUGCUGUAUGGCCUGCAGGACAUCUCCUCGGGCUACUGGGUCCUGGUCCUUCACUUCACCAGGAAAGAGGCUGUCCGGCAGAUAGAUGAGCUUCGGCACAUUGCAACCAACCUCGGUCGAAGCCGAUCAUGGUUAUACCUGGCAUUGAGUGAGAGCUCUUUAGAGAGCUAUCUACGCCUCUUCCAGGAGAACCAAGGAUUACUGCAGAAGUAUUAUUUCAAGAACGCACUGGUCUGCAGUCAUGACCACCUCACGCUCUUCCUCACGCUGGUGUCCGGCCUGGAGUUCAUUCGCUUUGAUCUGGAGCUGGAUGUGCCCUAUCUGGACGUGGCCCCCUACAUGCCAGAAUACUACAAACCCCAGAACCUGCUGGACUUCGAGGAAAGGCUGCCCAGCUCAGACAGCUUGUCCUUGCACUCCUUCACCUCCCUCACCUCCACCAACCUGGAGUGGGAUGACAGCGCCAUCGCCCCCUCCAGUGAAGAUUAUGAUUUCGGUGACAUCUUCCCCGUGUUGCAGUCAUUGCCAAGUGCAGACUGGGAAGAGGGUGACCUGACUGACCAGGCCAGCUGCCCACGAUCCAGUGGCUCUGAUCCCCAGACAGUCAUCAGCGACACGGUGGUCCUUUCCGCUGGCACUGUGAAGGUGAUGGCAGCAGCUCAUCUCGCUGCGGACAGCCCAACGUACAGACACAACCCCUUCAACGAGGACUCGGACACCAACACCUCAGCCGACGUCACGCCGGUUCACUUGGCCAGCUGCUACUAUUCUGUCACCGCUGUAGAUGACACGGAGACCACCGGCGGCGAGCUGGAGGUCAUAAGGAUGGCCAGACGAAGGAAAACAGCCAAGAAGCGACGAGGGAGGGGCUCCACAGAUUCCAUCAGCAGCCUCCAGAACUCUGUCUCCUCUGAGCACGUGGAAAUGGGCAACAGCCUCCGGUCUUCAGAGGAUGUGGAUUCAUUGAACGGCGCUGUAAUUCAGCCGGAUGCAGAGGCUGAGCUGAGGAGAAGCCGGGUGGGAUCAGAGGUUGUGGAGGAAGGAGACGAGGACGGAGUAGAAAGCCUCCUACGGCUCCCAGAGAUGACUGACACCUCCAUGGACACCGUGGGCCAACCGCUCCGUGACGUCAUGGACCGGCUCAACGGGGCUCUGGAUAGGGAGGAGGCCUGGGAGCAACGAGAGGAGGGAGAGGAGAAAAGCGGCGCCGACCGUGACCGGGGUCCCGAGCCCCCUACGCAGCAGCCCUUUCGGGAGGAUUCAGAGGGUGAGCCACCUGACCCAGCCCCAGGAGAGACGUCUCUCUUCCUGCAGGCCCCUGCUGAGCCUACAGUCUUAUGCUGCUUUACCCCCAACAGUUCAGACUCUACUCUCUCAGGUGGUGGCCACUAUGACUCUGCAGAGCAUAGCCACUCGCAAACUCUUUCAGGUGGCCUUAAAGAUGAAGGAGAUGCAAAAGUGUCAGCAGGACAGGAGCCCGAGAUGAAGACCGGGGAGGAAGACACAGAAGUGUUUACUGAGGAAGCAGAGAAUUCUCAUCCUGCAGAGUUUAAAGUGGACAACAAUCACUUGCUUCUUCUCAUGAUUCAUGUAUUCAGAGAGAACGAGGAGCAGCUCUUCAAGAUGGCGAGAAUGAGCACAGGCCAUAUGGAGGGGGACCUGCAGCCCCUUUACCUGCUGCUGACUGACUGUUACAUCUACCUGCUUAGGAAGGGUGCAGCAGAGAAGCCCUACACUGUGGAAGCUGCUGUUUCCUAUAAUGAGCUGGACUAUCUUUCAGUGGGCCUUGACCAACAGACGGUGGCGGUGGUUUGCACCAACAGACGAAGAACAUUCCUGUUGGACACAGCUGAUGCCUCCCUGACUCUGUGGUUCUUGUCUGUUCUCCAGUCAGCCAUGGUGAAGGGCUGUCGUGAGCCUCCUUACCCCUCUGUGCUGACGGAUGCUACCAUGGAAAGACUGUCUCUCACGAAGUUUGUCUCCCAGGAGUCUCACUGUGAGGUAUGUGACGUGUCUAUCCAACUGUACUCACUGGUCCACUGGGAGGAUCCUAUGGACAUGACUUUGUCACCCCAGGGUGGCCCACCAAUCUCUGGACUACCUUCCAGCACCAAGGAGGGGGCUCUGCAGUACCGGGCUGGAAGCACCUACCUGGGCAAAGAGCUCUGGAAAAGCUGCUACCUCGUUCUCAGAAAGGGGAUUCUGUACCUGUAUUCAGAAAGAACUGAUGUGGCACCUCUGCUGUCAGUCACUAUGCGAGGAGAGCACUGUGGAGGUUGCCGUCGCUCAAACAGCACAGAGCGUCCGCACGCCUUCCACGUCAUCCUGACGGAGCGGCCGGCGCUGGAGCUCAGCGCCAACAAUGAGCAGGACAUGGCCGACUGGAUGCUGCUGCUCUGCCAGUCCGUCUCCAAAGGGGUCAUCCCUCAAGGCGUGGCUCCCACUCCAUGUAUCCCAUGUUGCCUGGUGAUGACAGACAGGAAGCUGCUCACCUGCCAUCAGGACUGUCAGACCAGCUUCUUCCGUUCGCUGGGCAGCGCCGAUAUCUGUGACGUCACUUCCGUCAGCCUGGAGGCCGACAAGGAGUACUGUGUCAUUGAGUUUGCGUCAGAUCGGACCCAGUUCCUUCCUCCGUGGGUGUUGUACUUCAGCGGCUGUGAAGAGAGAGAUCGACUGCUGGAGGCGUUAGACAACACAUGGAAGGCUGUUUUCCAGGUUGAUCUUCCCCACAGAGAAGUGUUGGAUCUGUCCGUGCAGAAGCGUUGCGGGGAGGCCCUCGCCCUGAUGAAUAGCGCCUGGCAGAGGGCAGACAGUCUGGCCCGAGGCAGAGCCCAGCGUGAACCCUGGUGCUGACAGACACACACACAUAUGCACGCAUACACUUACCUGUGGGUAGCCACUGAGACAGACCGAUCGUUAAACAGUCUAGUAUAGUUCCAGGACAGACGGAGUUCACUCUGGCAUUCAGUCUGUGUCACUGUAAACUGAGCUGAAAAUCAGACGCGGUUAUUGGUUGAUGCACUACAGUGCAAGCACGUGAUGCACCUCUGAUUCACCGAUGAAACGUUUCUCUCAGAGAAACUGCAGAAGUAGCAAUGCAUACGGCACGUCACACAUCGCAGCAAGACAUGCUAUCGAUGACAUCGAUAUUAACAAAACGAUAAAACUGAUUUGUAUUUGAUUCUCGUGACACAUUGCCAUUAUUCCUUUGUUAGAGCUUCUUAAGAAAUAGCAGCACUGCAGAACAAAUAUGCUGAAUCAAGGAGAAGUUUGAGGUCAGAUGAUAUGACGCUUUCUUGACUUGUACUAAAAAAAGCCCUGAAGGGAAUGGCGAUGGAUAAUUGUAGAACGUACACAAUGUACAGUUGAUGUGUCGAGACUUUGAAACCAGUCAUCAUUACGUCGUGCGUUCAAAUAUAUCCGGCUGUAUUGAGUUUAAGAAUUCUGUCUCCACAAAGUAAACCUUGACGUUGAGAUGUGAACGGGAGCGAUGAUGAAACACACAUUUAGUACAAGCUGAGAGGAAGACAAGGACCCGGUUCCGGCAGCUUCCCUGCACAGUGAAAAAAAAGAAAAUUAUUAAAGUUUACUUAAAAACAAAAUCAAUCUAAUGUAUGUCAAGAAAGCCAUACAUGAAGGGGCAGUCAAUGCUCGUUUGCUACGUGGAAAAAGUUCACCCUCCUUGCCUUGCACAGACAGAAGUAACGCUCUCUGACCUGCACAAGUCACACAACUGUGUGAAGAUAAGUCACUCCUUGCUUAGUACCAGUUACAAGAUGUUCUACUGAACCGGUACAGUUAUAGAGCAAAAUGUACAGCGCUGUACAGUAUCAACGCAUAAUCACCGAUGGUUAUGUAUGUGUCAGUUUUCAGGUUCUCUAAGGGCAACAUACCGCUACACUGAAUUCUUGUCACAUACAGAAUGAGGAUCCCAAUACGAAGAAUAUCUGGAUGUUUAACAGUUGCACUGUACAUGACAUGCUCAAACUCUAUCUGAGAACUUUCUUUACCAAUUUAAACUUUGUCACACGUUCAAACAAAAGAAGAAAAACUAUCAGGAAAUGCGACAGACUUGCCUUUUUAUCUCCACUCUGUAGAGACAGGUGGAGGCUUCCAUGCAGACUUGCACAUUGUUUUUGCUGUUAGUGUUUUUUUUUUGUAAUGGUACCAGUUGUGAUUUUGUUUUCAUAUCAUAACGUGCUUUUGUAUGACCUUUGCAGAGUAAGUGGGAACAAUUGUUGCUGAAUUAUUUAAUUGACUGGGGACAAUCUGCGGGGGGACUGACGUCUGACAUAUAUAUAUAUAUAUAUAUAUAUAUAUGUUCCAGCUUUAAUGUGGGCAAGUAUUUAAGGAAGAAUCUGUUACUGACUGAGAGCUACAACUUGUCUUGGCUUACCAUUUUUACUUUGCACCAGUGGUUGGUGGCACGUUACUGUGCUGCACUCUGUACAGUGCGAUCGGGCCACUCCGCUAAAUUAGAAAAUCCCUUUCUACACGAGUCGUUUAGUGGUGCAAGACAAUGUUUGAUGCUUAAAGUCACAAUCUCAAAGACCUCCGUUUCAUUCUCUUUGGCUGAAAGCAGUAAUUGCAGUUCUCUUAUUUCGGAUCCCACUUCCCAGUGAUCCAAACAGGAUGUGUGGCGUCACUUAUUUCUGAAGUGUCACUACUGUCUGGAGUCAUCGAUCUUUUCUUUGUUUGUUUCGCCAUAGUAACCGUCUCAACAGCAGCAGAGACCAGAAAAAACCAGUGCACCGCUUCACUCGCAAGUGAGUUGAA